UAGCAAGGUUAAUAAAAAUUGUUAGUGCAAAAUUUGCAUUACACGCUGAAUGUUCAAAAAUUUCAAAUUUCAAAUACCUAUCCCAAAAAAUUAAAAUUCCAAAUCAACGAAAAACUAAGGGUGACGUGGUGACAAAGGAUUCUGUGUACAAAUAGUCUAAAGUUGUUUGUGAAUAAUAAAAAAAUUGUAGUUUAAAAAAACUUGUAGUUGAGGCCUUGUUAAACUCAUUGUAAUGGGAUGAAUAUUAAAUAAAAUCUAGAUUAAAAGAUUAAAAUUUUGUUGCACUUACCCGAGGAAAAAAGAAUGUAAACAAGUUUUAUCUUUGUUGUUUUUGAGAAAAUUAAAUACACUUUUCCUUGAUUCAUGUUAUGAGUAAUAAAAAAAAAAUUCCAUUUGACAUAACCAAACUCACAAUUUACUCGUAUUUACAAAUAAUAAUUUUCCUUUAGUUCUCUCUCUAGACACUUCAAUUCCAAAACCAUAUGUUGCUCUGUUUUUAUGUUUACUAUUGCUGUAAACUGGAGCGUCAUCCAGCACGUCACGUCAUCCUCAGUUCCCUUCAGAUCUGUUCCCUAAUCACACGAAUCAAAAGUACUAUCAUCCACAACCACAAAAUUAAACGUCAUUUCCUGUUUCAAUUCAAUCCUAGUUGCAGACAUUGAUAAAACGUCGGUCUUUGUAGUGUGAAAGUGACUCAAAUGUGAUACAAUAUCGUUUUUUGAAAACUUACUGGAAGAAAGUGCAGACAUGCCCUAGGAAAUAACAGACAUGCUUGUAGUGCUGCUGUGCUGCAUGAUGAAAAUCGUUGAGUUUUCUACAGGCAAGCCUGUGGGAAAACCGAGAGUUAGAAGGAGGAAGUAUGUGAGGAGAAAAGGCAAGACAAUGAACGAGGUGGGGAGUCUGGGUGUUAGAGGGCUUGCUGUGAGCCCAGACUCUGACUGCAACAGCAACCACCAUGGCUCAGCAAGUUACCUCAGCAAUACGUCUUCCCAAGAUAUAGAUUUCAUUCAAGACAACUCUGAUUAUCAGUGGUUUCUAGACUAUGGCUACCGAGAUGGAGGAACCAACCAUCAUACGAGUAUUCUGUCACUUCCGGAGUCAUACGAGGCCAAUGAUAUGAAUUAUUAUGACGCUUUGGCGAAGAAUAUGGACGCGAAUUUGGCAGAGGCCGAUAUGGAGAGUUUCAGGACGGAGGAUAUUCACGCACUUUUGACUAAUCUGCCGCCCAUGUGCACCGACCAUUUAAGUCAAGAAAACAAUCGUCAAGGCGAAAGCUACGCAAGUGUCUCAGGUUCAAUGAUGGCAAAAUUCGACUUUGACAGUUCUUUAAGUCCUCACAGUAGUUCACAUGGCGAAGAUUCGGCAAACUCAACAUCAAUGUCCAUUUACAAAUCAGAACUUCUCUUCAGUCCCGUCAAAGAAACACCAAUGCCUGGCGCUAAUUUUAGUGUUGACUCUCUUGAUUGUGACAUGAUGUUGACUUGUCAAGCCAACAAAGACAACUAUACCAUUGCAUUCGAGGGCUCUGUCAUGUAUUCGGAAGAUAGUGACUACCACGAUACUGAUAAAAGCGAGAAUUCCGGUAUCGGAAGCACUCAUUGGUCCAAGAAACCAACAAACAACUGCAAAUUGACCGAAGCUUCAAUGACUCAGUCCGAUUCGGGUAGUUUUACCACUUGGAGCAAGUUGAAGAAGAGGAGCAGUGAUAACCAGCUCCGGAGACAUCCUUCGGGUAACAAUAACAACUCAGGAGACGAAACUAGUCAUUUGGGAUUAACUGAAAACUCGAUCAAGAGUCAAAGUAUGCCCAAUUUGUACAAAAAGAAGUUGAGUUACCUCAAAAACCACAAUUUUAUCUCGACCGAAACUGUAAGACGAAAACCGGUCAAAGUUUUUGAUAUCCAACACCAAAGCAGUAGCGUAUCAGACAUGGCGACUUCUAUAGAUGCCAGUACGAGUGAAACAACAACAAAUAAACCCAAUUUUAGUCUUGUGAAACUCUUCAUGAAACAGAAAAGUAUGAGUACUGAAGGUAUGUCAACAACAAUGGAUCAGUUAUCAUCAACGGAAAAUUGGCCAGGGAGUCAAUCAGGUGAAAGCAAUUCUUCCGACUUGAAACCCGACCAACUCGACCAAAAAACGAAUGAAAGUAGUGUCAGGACUUAUGAUUUAAUAGCGGAAGAACCGGAAGAGGAGGUUUCACGGAGCGAAUCAGUGGAACAACUAUCAGAAAGUAUCUCGAAAAUUGAUUACAGUGACGAAAACGUCAACAAUAACAAUAGCUACACUUCGGAUAAAACUAAGAAAAAAGUUCUCCAACACGAAUUGAUGAAUAGAAGCAUCCAAACGUCGCAAUUUUCGGAAAUUACCAACUUAAAAAAUGUUCAUAAACCUGCCUCAAAACCGGUGAAAAUUGUCGAACCGUCGUUCCUCAACAAACUCAAACAGGAGGGAGAAGUCCAAAAACCAGUCUACGUUCUUUACCCCAAUUACGUUCUACCAAAUUUGGACUUUUUGAACAAACAGGACGACAUGACCAAAGUUCUCUUAAUCCCACAAGAACCAAAUCUCAAAACCGCCAACAAACGCCGACCAUUCAGUUGCACCGAUGUCGAAAUGUUGAAAAAGAAAGGUUUCAGUCAUGUCAAAGAUUGGGAUUCUUUGAAUUUCCUUCUUCCUCAAGAGUACCGCAAGAUUUUGGCCGAUGUACCGGAAAUUUCCGAGCAUAUUAAAAAAUCUUCACGGAAACGGCGACCGUUCAGUUGCGACUAUUCUAGUUCUAGUUCUAGUACCGCUACUCAACCUAGUAGUGGUUAUAGAGGGUCUUCGACGAUUUUGAGCGACUCUCAAAAUAGUCCAGCGACAAAUUUGAACCCACUUUUUGUCUAUCGCUAUGACAGCGUGACCAGUUCGGAAGCAAGUCUUUUAAAUAGCGGUCAAAGAUCAAUAAUGACAGCUCCCCCACUUCCGGUACGUUGCGUGAGUCUCCAACAAGGGGAAGUACCACCACGACCCCCACUCCCAAAGGGAAUUUUGCGAAAAGUUGAUUCAAAAAGGUUCAGUUUGUAUGAAACGAGUGAAGAAGAUUUGACCGAAGAAGGUUUAUAUCGGAGGAAUAUUUUACGGAAGAAACGCUUCAGCGAGACUGAAGAUGAAGGUGUCGAUGCUGGUACAUCGAGUAGCAGUGUGGACGAGCACCAUGACCCUCCUAAAACCGACUUUCUUCUAUCCAAUAUAAGCACCGAUGAACUGGUCCAAUUGGAGGAAUUUUUGAAGAUUAGUAGAAUUUCAACGUCCGAUAAUGAAGAAAUGACUGAAGAAAGUCUAAUGCAUUUGCACUCGUAUGUAGGCAAAUUUCUCUCCUUAAAGAUUAAUCAAGACGGUCCCGGGAAGAAAACUGUAAGUUUUGCCGAAAAAGUCAACGUUUUGCCCAAACAAUUCACUGCUCCGAAUAACUCACCCAAUGUUUCUAAAAACUACUUUGGGAGAAACCUUGCUGAAAUCCCCAUCUGUGAGGAGAGUGAAGGUAGUGUGAAUUACAGUCCGGUACACAAACCAAAUUUGGUCGAAAAACGGUCAUUGGUGAACGCAGUAACCGAUUCGGUUGAACAACUCAUCAAUCACUUCUCCUCUGCUAGUAACCAAUCGGAAUUGAACACUUUGGGCGACUCUGGAGCCACUCCAAACUGUGCAAAACUUGCACUUUCGACUCUAUGUCCUGCACUUUAUGCCGUUUUGAGCGAUGGCUUGAAACCAAGCCUUGAGAGUAGUUUCGGAGCGAUUAACAACUCGGUUUGGCAAGUGGUGGAAGCAUCAGCUCAGCAAGGACCACUCACUAAAGCUUUGAACGAAUUGGUCAUGAGGAUUAAUAGUGAGGAUGCUAUAACUGAGGGUUUGGUUAAAUUCAAUGCGUUUGUUUUCGGGUUACUUAACGUGCGUUCGUUGGACGCUUGGGUGAGUUAUUUGAAGACAAGGGAGAGUAUAUUGAAGAAACAUUACAAUAAAGAUUCUUUGAUUAUGGCACAUGUUGGUGGUUUGAGUUUGAGGACGUUGCUAGAUUCGCUGAUUGCUGCUUUGCAACCUUUGGCAUUGCUUCCGUUUCAAUUGGACCUCUUGUUUGAAUAUAGACAGUUACAUUUGAGUUUCAAGAGAUUGGAACAGUUGAGUCCGACUCAUAAACAUCGGAAUUCGUCUAGUUCGGAAGAUGUGUCAGUCGUGACAGUCAUUCCUGAUCUUUUGAGUUCUUCUAAUCGUAAGAAAGAACGUCCAAGGUCUUGUGUCGAGUCUGGUAGUCUCCCUAAACCAAAUUUCAAGCUUGGUGAUGUUACAACAGCUGCGAAAAAGCGUUGGUCGGGGAUUUCCUCAAAUUCGAAACUUUACCUAGUUUACGAUCGCCUCGCACGUGAAGAUGAAGAAGAGUACACUGAUAGUCUUGAAAAUCAGACAAAACCGGAGGAAAACUCUGACGAAAACAUCCCGAGUCUUCACUCGGAACCCCCCGAAUCGCUCGACUCGAACAUCUCCGAUGAUAAGCCGAUUAACGGCCGUCGAUUCAAAAAGUUGCAACAAAAAUGGGAAAUGUUGAGUGGGCGUGAAUCCAACCCCUCUCCUCCUUUAUCGCCCACCAAUACCAAAUCGAAGAUUCCUCGUCCGAUUACUUCCCCGAUUAAGCCGUCGGGGAUUCCGGUCCUCAUUUCGCCUUCGGGUAAAAAUCAGAAAACUCCGAAGAAGAAUCUAGUCCAGACUAAACCGCCCACGAAACCACCAAAGAAAGGGACUUGUGUGAGGACGAGUAGAGUGGAUCAGGUCGAGAGUGAAACGCCAAGACAUAUACCAAGGCCGAGUAGUUUGCCGUAUAAAGCGGUGACGGCGCAGAAAGUGGCCAAGGUCACGCCACCGAGGAGGGCGGCUUCGAGUUCCUUGAGUAGGAAGCCAGUGGGGAAGAGUCCCGUACCGAAGGUCGUGAGGACUCUAUCUCAUCGUGUCCCAUCCGAAAGCGGUCACUUAUCGUAUAACGAGGGCGAAAGACUCAAGGUUGUGUUAGAAGUCGACGAUAAAUGGUUACUUUGUUGCCGAGGAUCUCAGAAAGGUCUCGUCCCAAAAUCAGCCGUGAUAUCAGCCGACAGUCGUUUCUGAAAUUCCCUACAAUUGUAAAUAUACGUAGUGUUUUUUCAGUUGUACAUUUUUAUACAGACUGGAUUUGUGAUUUUAGUAUAUUUUAAGUCAAAACACGUAUAUUAAAAAAAAGUGUAUUAUUGUUAAAAAGUAUUAAUCAUAUUGUUGCUUGUUGUAACAGCAAAUCUGAUAUUAUUUAUUAUUGCUUGUAGGAUCCUAUGUACUUAAAUAGGGGCGCGAGUCAAUCAAUUGUUAGUCACCCCUUGCACGUCAUGAAAUUUUUGCACAUAUCUUAGGUGGUUGGGUUCUUGUUUCUUUUAUUUUGAAUCGCUCUGCUUUCAUUGAAACGCUUUAAGUACUAAUAAACCCAUCCAAAUAAGCCAAUCCCAAAUAACUGUAACAGCGUUUCAGUUUCAGUACUGCUUAAUUGUCUUUAACCCUCACACCACUCACCCCUCCCUGCAUGCUAACAUGUGAUUCCCCCAAUUUUGCAGUACUAAAAUUCGUGAAAUUUGAGCGAUUUUUGCAUCACUGCGAGCUAAUUUAGCUCAAAAGUGAUAAUUUUGCACUCGCUUCGUUCAAUGAUUCUAGUCUUUGAUUUUAAUUUUGAGCACCACAGCAUGAGUGGUCCGAGUAUUUUUGACAAUACCUCCAGGAUUCAACCCAGCUCAUCUCUAAUUUAGCACUUUGUGACGUGCAAGACAGCCGUUUCCUUUUGUUUUUGCUUCUGUCAUGUGUUGCUAGAUGUAAUAGUGUAGGUUUAAAAAUCAAAGUUUGUGAACGGGGCCUUUUGUAUCACAUAUUGCGGGAUUUUCUGGUCCAGUUUUUUCAUCAGCUUGCUUUAUUUGCGUCCACUAUCUGUAUAUAUUGAACCGAACGCUUUUGUGAUGUAUAUAAUGUUACCAAAGGAUCGAACGAUCGAUCGACUUCAGCGAUACUCUUUAAGUUUUUUCAUUUUUUUGGGAACAAUUUUUGUGUUGUAACCUCACCAUAGGUGCCAUAAACACCCCUUUUGUUUUCUAUUUCCUUUCAUUGAAUCUGUCAAGAUCGUAGUUAGAGACUAUGGAAAUAGUAUAGGGAUUAAAAUCAUGUAACUCAGUCAUAAUAAAUGAAUUAUAAUACA